UCCGAAAUUCUAAAAUGUUUGACGGAAUCUCGUCAAUUUGAUCACCACUCAUCCUGAAAUAGUUUUUUUAGCCACUUUAAUCACUGUGGCGUUGGCUCUUCUAAGAGCAUCGAUACCAUCCAGAGAAUCUCUUCUCUUUGACAAUUUCUAUAACGUAAUUAUAGCGAAAAGAACGCCUACAAAUCAUAAUUGAAAUGUUCGUUAAACCAAUACCUGUUUAAGUUAACAAAUUUGUCAAAAGGCAUGUUUUGCCUUGUUGUAGAACUAAUUGAGCAUCUUCUUAAUCAUCGCUUAAUAAAAAUUUAUAAACAUUUUAUAUAAAAGCUUAUUUUAAGUUGUUUUUGCAACUCAAAGACCCCGAAUCUAGGGGGUGGAAGAAAUCGUUAACAUCAACAUAAACUUCAAAUUGUAAUAAAAGAAUUCCUAAUUUUCUUCUCUUUUCAUUGCAAAGAUUGUUUCACGACACCCGCUCAUAUAAUCGCUCUUUAAACAUUCGAGGUUUUGCUGCUUUUUCUAUUCUGAACAGCUAAUAUGUUCAUUAUUUGCUUGGCUAAAUUUGGAUCAUUCAAAUUACCAAUGUAAACUGAACCAGGAGGAACUUGCGAAUCUGUUCGUUGGGUUGUUCUUCUCCAGUUGAUCUAAGGAAGUCAGCAGAAGUGGUUGCAAGUCAGGGAAAAAAACUUUUGAAUGACUGAAAAGCAAUGAGAAGUAUGAAAAUCAUAUUGGCGAUCUUUUCUCUUGCAUUGCAAUGUAUCUCAGCAAACAACAUCAGCAUUGAUGCAGCCUUCUACGACCUGUUUCAAAACAAGGCAUAUUUCUUUCAAGGUGACAAAUACUUUGCUUGCAGUCACCGCGAUGGGCUUAAUGUAUUUGAAGAGGAAGAUGCUGUCAUACGAAAGCUACCCUUCUUACCAACCGCUUUUGACGCAGCAUAUAAAUUGAUUGGCAAGAACAAAAGUGCAGCUUUCAUAAAGAAUGGGCAACGUUACAGAACGAUUUCAUUCAAUUUUUAUAGCCAACGAGAAUAUCCAAGCUCCGAAGAGGGUCGGUUCGUUCCGGUCAAGCCAAACGCCAUCGCCAAGAACACAGAACUGAGUUUUCACUUUUACAUUGAUGAAUUGUGGAUCACCUCGGGUAAUAGCAAGGAAUACUAUGGUAAAAGCGUAGACAAGCUGCCUGAAUGCCCAAGCAACAUUGAAGCAGCCUUAAUUAUUGGCAGGCAAUUAUUUGCCAUCAAGGAUGGUACGGUUUGGGGAUGGGAUGUACAUCUUGGUCUGGCAGACGUAUACAAUGUAUCCGCUGGAUUCCCUAAAAGCUUCAAUCAGGUUUUUGCAGGUGGAGACCUUGUCUUACCAUAUACAGCCACACAAUCAAGCUUCCAUUCGAAGCAAUUCAUUGGCUACACGAUCCAGGAAGUCGACGUUUCCACUUUGCAAAAGUGUGUUGAAAUAUGUUUAGAUCUGCCGUACUUUUCCUGCUCGUCGUUCAAUUAUGAGAUUCAACCAAAAACUGGAAAUGGUCAUUCCUGUCAGAUAAACAGGUUCAAUGCAAACCAUUUUCCUGCUAAUCUGAUUCAAAAUCCAGCAUUUGUCUAUUACGAAGCUUACCGGUAG